GUGCGAGGCCAGUGAACAAGAUGAAGAUGGCCAUGGUGAACAGCCCCAUGGUCAUGAAGGUCCUGCCCCUGGUCCCCUCUGUGAGCAACGUGGCCAUGGCCCCGGCCAGCAACAGAACCGAGGACCAAGUCAAGCACCUGCUGCUACAAGCAGACCCCAGGAAGAUGUUCCCGGAGCUGAAGGACGACCUGAUGGACAACCUGAAGAGGCUGAAGAGCACCAUGACUGAUGUGGACUGGAAGUCCUUUGAGUCUUGGAUGCACAAGUGGCUGCUGUUUGAGAUGGCCAAGAACCCCAAGCCAGAGGAGGAGCAUAAGGAGAUCCCAGCAAAGAAAGUGCUAACUAAGUGCCAGGCAGAGGCCGAUUCCUGGGGUGUGCAUCCGGGUCGGUUCCAGCCGCAGUGUGAUGAGAACGGCGACUACCUGCCCAAGCAGUGCAAUGCCUCCACGGGCUACUGCUGGUGCUCCUACAAAAACGGCACCAGGAUUGAGGGCACUGCUACCCGGGAAGAGCUGGAUUCACCCACAUCCUGCCCUCCCCCUGCAGAUGCUGCCACUGCUGCCCCUCAUACCACCCCGGAGCUGGAGGAGAUGAUGUUUUCCGGGGUGGACAUGCUCAAGGUGGAUGCAGAGAAAGUCAACUAG